AUGGCCCCGGUGUCGGUGUGCUCUAGCUUAAAUGGCCUCAGUGUCGGGUGUCGGCUUAAACGGCGCUGGCCUCCGUGCCGUAUUACAGCGAUACCCUUGGAUGGUGUCGGUUUGAACUGGCGCCUGGUUGCUGACAUCGGCGUUGAUGCUGACGUUGGCAUCAGUGCUGACGUUGGCGUCGGCGGGUAUCCAGUGAGUGUCGUGCCUCCGGGCGCAAUCGAUGUGACUGGCAGCCCUUCAGUCGAAGCUCAUGAUGUCAACGAGCAGAGAUGGCGGGGGGAGGCAGCUGGCAGCUCGAGCAGGACUGUGACGAUAUGA